UGUUUUGGUGUGUACUUAGUGUGUCAGUGAUGCCCUGGGGUGUAUGUUGUGUUGUUGUUUUGUUGUGGUGUAUAAUUAGUGUCAUGUUGUGUAGUUAGUGUGUCAGUGAUGCCCUGGGCUGUAUGUUGUGAAGUUGUUGUGGUGAGUAGUUUGUAAUUAGUGUGUCAGUGAUGCUCUGGGGUGCAUGUUGUCUAGUUGUUGUGGUGUAUAGUUAGUGUCAUGUUGUGUAGUUAGUAUGCCAGUGAUGCCCUGGGGUGUAUGUUGUGAAGUUUGUGUCAUGUUGUGUAGUUAGUGUGUCAGUGAUGCCCUGUCCUUCUCCUCCCUCCCUGUGUCUCCCUGGGAUGGAUGUCUGUGUGCGCUGGGUUUUUUUUUCCUCUCCCCCGGCCGCUCCAGGUGCAGGCCGGGAGCUGUAGUUCUCCGCCGACCUGGUCCCCAUUGGCUUUAGUGGUGGGCGGCGCGGUCCUCGGACUACACUUCCCGUCACGCCCCGCGCGGCCUGGCUCGCUGCUCUCGAUCGCUGGCUGCCAGUGUCUCCGCCGGAGCUUCUUCUUCUUGUCCGGGAUCACGGGCAACCGGCUGCCCCGUCCCCGCCCGAGACCCGGCCUGGCACUCCCGAGCUUCGCUGCUGGACUCGGAUUCGGGAACAGAGAACAUCACACGAGGCUAGGGGGCAGCGGAGACUACGAAGCAGUGACACUUAUGCCGUGUUUUUUUUAAAGUGACAAAAGUAUUUCUCUCGUGUCUGUCUAGCAGCAGCUGCUGUAAAGAGAUGAAAUUCCUGCAAGUCCUGAGCCAUCUGGUGUACAAAUGUUUAACCUGCCUGAGUAACACCUUCUGAGCUUCUACUCGUUGGGGAUUGUUUACAUCAUUUGGCGUGACGGCACUCUGUCUCUUUCUAGGUGAAAAAACGUGGAGGACGCAGCCAAUUAAAGCAGGGGAGCUGUGGACACCUACAGCAGCUCCAGGGGCGCAGGCACCUGCCAUGAUAUCAGCUGCCCCACUUUACAGUAGUGUGCACAACUGGACAAGUGCGGAUUGUGUGCGCAUGUGCGGCAUCGAGGACAGGAGAACGGCACUGUCUGAUGAAGAGUCCAAAACCAACAACUCCCAGCACCUGGGGUCUGAAGAUCGCGUGAAUAGUGUUCUUUCCAAGGUGGAUUUCAUACCAGCAACCAACCAAAGUGAUGCCCUGAUGCUGCAGGAAGAUGGAGGAGGCGAGGUGGAAACUGUUCAGAAACUAGAAGAGAAGCCCCCAGAUCCCAUCUUGUUAGUUUCUGCAGUUGAGGCGGUGACCCCAGAAACCCGCAUUAAUAUUUCACUACUAGGCAGCAAGCAAGUCAACAGCAUGUUGGAUACCUCCACCCACGGGGCUUCAGUUACAGACCAUAAAAGAACAGAGUCUGCCAGGGCUCCAGCUCCAGACAAAGUAGCCGGAGCAGAACCUUCCUUUCAGCCAGCUGAUGCAGAUCAAUCCGUAAAGCAAAAGACUGUCCUGGGGCCUGGCUUACAAAUAGCAGGUCAACCAGUGGAGGCUUCACAUACUGUUGUGUCCUCUAGUUUUAGCACGCUAACCCCUUUUGCUAUGAGCAGAAUCUGCUUCUCUACCACUCAGGUUCCUAAUGUUCAGAAACUUCCUCUAUCGUUUCCACCUGGAGCGGUUUUGACCCCAAGCCAGCCUCUGGUUUACAUCCCACCUCAAAAUUGUGGGCAGUCUCUCAAUGUAACUACCUUACCAACGACGUUUGGAGUAACGUCCACACUGACUCUUCCUAUUCUGCAACACUGUUUGCAGGAGAGAUGUCUACCUAGCAUCAUAGCACCUUCAGAAAUGCAUUCACAUGCGUUUGCAUCCUCUGUGGGAAGACCCAUCACCACUGAUUCUAAAGGGGUUUCUACAGAAUUAAAUAAGCCAGCCAGCACAACAGCUUCCACGUCUAGAACCAACAGCAGCAGUAUCACAGCACCUGCUGGUGUUGCAAAUAUCUGCUCUGAUGCCCCAUCUGCUGCUUUGACAACUCUGCAAACUCUGUCUUCUCAUCCCACGCUCCCUUUAGUCAGUGUGAACCCUGUUACCCUUGCUUCCUACACCAGGACAUCAUCUAACCUUGAAUCACAAAUUGAUACUGCAAAUUCAUCCGUCUCCCCGCUAAAGUCCCCACCUCAACUUGAGAGGGAAAUGGUUUCUCCCCAAGACUCUUGUGAAAUGCCUCUUGACCUGUCCUCAAAAUCCCACCGUAAUAAAUAUACAACACCAAACCAGCGCAAAACCCCUCCUAUGCCAGUGUUAACCCCGGUUCACACUAGCGGGAAAGCAUCAUUGUCCACUGUCUUGUCCAGAUCUGACUGCAAUUCUCAGCGUCCUCUCCUAAACAACUUCACCAGCAGCAGUAAUGUUAGCCAGAAUCUUCGAGCAGCACCUUCCAUAGUAAUGUUCCCAGAAUUCUUGCGAAAUGGAGAUCCAGGGUCAUCACAGUUGUUAACAGCUCCUGGGUCUUGGAUCAAAAAUUCUGCUCCUCUCAUUAGCACUAUACCUGGUACCUAUGUAGGAGUGGCCAACCCAGUGCCUGCCUCUAUGUUGUUGAACAAAGACUCAAGCAUGAGCCUUAGCACAGACUCUCGACUUCUGGCUAAACAGGAGCCGAUCUCAAUCAUUGACCAGGGAGAGCCAAAGAACUCAGAGUCGUGUAGCAAGAAAAGCAACCCGACUACAGCAGAUGGGCAGCAGCCUGCUGUUCAGAGGUACGUUCAUGGUCAUGUUACUUCAGUGUCCUCUUUAUGUCCACCAAAGAAUUGGACAUCAUCUGGACAUGCGAGUGUACACCCAAAGUGUCCCUUAAAUGGGAAACCCAGCAAUGCUCAGGUUUUGCCAGUUAGUUGGUCUCCUUAUCAUCAGGCCUCGCUGUUUUCCAUUGGUAUAUCGACCACAGGAACACUCCAUUCAAGCCAAGGCACUCAACACAGACUUCCCAUUGGAGAGUACACCUUAUUUCCCAGUAUUCUUCCUGCAGAGCCCAGUGUGACCCCUCAGAAGGCUGUUGGUGAAACAGUUGAUGCUCCACAGAAAAAUUCUGUUGCAUCAGUCCCUGUGCAGGAAUUGUCUGCAAAGGGAAGGACAUGUGAAUCUCUUUCCAAGCCAAGGAAAACAAAUGCAAAUAAAGCAUUGCUUGCACCAAAACCUGCUGCCGGAAACCCUGUCCUGUACAUUCAUUCAUUUGUACCUGAGAGAACAGAUAGCGGUGUAGACAGUGUAAAAGGAGCAAAUGUUAGCACAAUUGUAAACAAACCUUCCGACAAACAGAACUGUAAAGAGGAAAAAAUUCGCUCUAAGUUUCCAUGCAACCGAAAGUCUUUUGGAGAUACCAAACCGAAAAACAAUGUCUUGGCCACAUAUAUGACUCAUGACCAACCUUUAGUCAAUCAACAAAAAGAUAGUCAUUGCCUUUCUUUGUUGGAUCAGAACUGUACCAAGAAUGUUUCAAAAUCUGAGGUAUCCCAAAAUCCUCCUGUGCCUAGUAAAAGGAGUCACAAGAAAGGGCACAGCAUGGACACACAACAUUGUGUGCAGGAAGUUGACUUGAGUAAGGUGAAAAUUGAAAGGGUAGAUGACGAUGAGAGUUUUGGAUGCAUUUCUUCCUACAACAAUCAAGUGUGGUCUCCUGCUGACAUGCCCAUUAUUCCCAAAGUCAAAACAAGGAUUAAGAAAGAACCUGGCUUAAGGAGCCGUUCAAAACGAUCUGAAGAGGUUACACCAACUAAGCAAGCUCAGCAAAAGUCCAGAUGUAAAAGGAAACAGAAAGACGAAGUGGUUAACACUUCUCCAGAACCAUACAAAAGAAAGUGGAGACGGCAAAUGAAAACACCUCCAGCAGUACCUGAGAAGAAGGCGAAGGCGAACAAGAAAUCUGGUUCAGAAAAGGAAGCUGCUGGCAUUCGGACAAGGAGACGAAGAAGAAAGAAUAUAAAGUGUGAGCCUUUUGACCCAGAAUUUGACAUAGACAUACCAGAGAGGAAACACAAGAACAGUUUCAGAGACUUCAUCCCUGUAGUCUUAAAAAGCAGAACCCGCAGCCAGACAGGAAACACUUGUCCUUUGGACUCUGUUUCUGCCUGUGCAGAGUCCUUUUCAGCUGAGGAAGCAGAGGUGGAAGUGCCUUGUAAGAAACGGAAACUAAGGAAUGUUUAUAAAGCUUGCCAAUAUCGCAAGAGUAUGGUGCCCAAAGAGGAACCAGAGUCAGUGCCCAUCAGUCCAGUCCUGCGAGGGUCAUGGGAUAUGUCCAGCAGAUCAUUCGACACCACAAAGCUGUGGGCCAAGUUAGAAGAGGAGGAUGAUGGCAAUGAGGAUGGACCUCUGCGAAGGAGGAAAAGGAGGAGGCAGAAAAACCGAAAAUACCAAAAUGGAGAAUAUUUAACUGAGAAAGAAGAAGAAGAGGUAUCACUUUGUUACCGGAGGCGAAAAACAAGGCCAGAUGUGAAGAAAAGAAGACUCUCCCCAUCAGAGCGCGUUAACAGCACCCAGAAAAGCAAGCUUUCCCUAUCCACACGAGAUAAAGAGAAACAAGGUGAUUCUAGAGCCAGCCCAAAUGAAUCGCCCAAUUCUCAGAUGCAAGAUAAACCCCCAGGAAAGCGCAAAUUCAAAACAAAGCAUAUUGGUGGAAGCGCGGAUGAGGACACAAAGGUCAAAGCGCGGCGCAUCAGUCAGUCUCCCAAAACGACCCCAAUCAAAUCCCCACCUUCGAGAAAAAGUACUGAUCCUGGCACCCCUUAUCGAUCUCGGCGCACAAGUUCACUUGGAUCCUCUGACACGCCGUCUGCUCAGCACAUCCCUCCAGAGGCCAGGAGACUGAUUGUGAAUAAAAAUGCUGGAGAGACACUGCUGCAAAGAGCCGCAAGACUGGGAUACAAGGAUGUUGUGCUUUACUGUCUGCAACGAGAUCUGGGAGACAUUAACCACCGCGACAAUGCCGGUUACACAGCAUUACACGAGGCCUGUGCACGUGGCUGGACGGAUAUACUACAGAUCCUUCUGGAUAAUGGAGCCAAUGUUAAUUGCAGUGCACAGGAUGGUACUAGACCAAUCCAUGAUGCAGUGGUAAACGAUAACUUAGAAACCGUAUGGCUCCUGUUGUCAUAUGGCGCUGACCCAACACUUGCCACAUACUCUGGACAAACACCCAUUAAGCUAGCCAGCAGUGAGGUUAUGAGGACAUAUCUAAGUGAUUACCUCUUUGAUCUCCGAGGACGUUCUGAAGGGGAUUCACGGGCAACCUGGGAUUUUUACAGCAGCACUGUACUGGGUGGUAAGGAUGAUAUUGGCCAUGAUGUGAUCCUGGACCAUUCUGACAAUUCUGAAGAGGAGGGGGACAAAGAUCAGGAAGACAACUUCAUGUUUGAGUUCUCUGAAAAGCCACUCCUUUCCUGCUAUAGCUUGCACGUCUCUCUCACAAGCGGGCCCCGUAAUUGGUUCAUUUUCUCUGAAGUCCUAAAGAGGCUCAAGCUAUCAUCCCGAAUUUUUCAGGCCCGAUAUCCGCACUUUGAAAUAGCCAGCAUUCAUAAGAAUGAAUUCACCAGACAGGUGUUUACAAGCCAGCUUCUCACCCCCUCAGAGGGAACGGACCUCUGGCCCCAGGACAUUGGGGAAGUUAUAGAGCUGGUGCAAUAUGACCCAGAACUGCUUCGACUCUUGGGUUCAUCUGUGGAAUUCCAGUGUGUCAAUAGCUGACAAGCAAACAGCUCUUGUUUGUAAGACUCUACAACUGCAUCCGAGGCAAUAAACCCAGACAUAGAGGAGGCGGCCUUAACAAUGCCAGCACUGGUGAAUGGGUGUCUAGGUUUGAUCAUUUCUCUCCAUUCUGUCUGUAUGUUGAUUAUUUCUACUUUUUGGGACACGUGAGCUUCUCUGGACUUGGGCAACUAAGGUGGAUUGGAGAUUUUCUGUUCAUCUUAUGAAGCAAGGAAGAGCAAGUCCCUUUCCUUGGGUACUGAAGUAACAACAAAUAUAGUGGUAAAUUGGGCAUUUGGCAGAAGAACUCACAAUACACCCUCUCUCUCCAUCCGUUUCCUAUCUACUACUUUUUCUUAAAUACCAUUUGAGUUGUGUUGAGCGGAUGUCUUUGUUACUUCCUUUUGUUAGACUUUGUAUGUUUUGAAUGUGGCUGGCCUUGUCUACUUUGUACAUUAUGAAAUUUUGGAGAAAGGUGAAAGUGAAACAUGGACAUUAUCAAUCAAUUGACCCAUGCAGAGUUUAGAACAGGAUAGACAAUCAUGGAUCUUUGUCUGGAGAAAAAUGAGAUCUAAGCUAACCACAACUAAGGAGACUGUGCACAGGUUUGUAAUCUCCUUCUUGUCCACCCUUCUCAUAACUUCUCAGACAGAAGCUUCAAAAAGAGAAAAUUUGAAAUAUUGAAACAAUUAUCGUAUAUCCAUUACGAUACUACUUGCAGAAAAAGCAAUGCACACAUGCAAUGUAGCUUCUUACUUGGUCUUUUGACCUUGAAUAAAUUCUUCAGACAGAAACCCACGCAUUUCAGUGUGUGCCCUUCUACUGAAAUAAUUCAAAUGAUUACUUGGUGGGGCUGUUUGCUUGGAUUGUCCCAAUGACACUAGCCUGAGCCAAUUAAAAAUGCAGACUACGGUAAUGUGUACGCAGUGAUAAUUGCAUACAUGAUAAAUGCUCAGGCCUGGCCGACGCCACUCAAAAUGCUUCAGGCCUGCAAUCUAUAGUGGGCCCUGCAAAUCCUUAAGCAGCAUGGCUACGGAGUGGUGAGAAGGAAUAUGUGUGAAUGUGCUCAGGGUUCUCCUUCCUGCCUAAUCCAACAAUGCUUCUUACUUUUUAUAGUAAAAAUGCUAAUUUUAAAGCAAUUUGGAGUGAAAGGAAAGUGUGUGACUGACUGUCCGCUUCCACUAAGAAAAAAAAAAAAAAAUUUGAAAAAAGUCAAAGCCGCGUGUGUUGUUCUACAUGGAACACGUGGCACUUUAACUUCUUAUGAACUGAGUUUUUUUUUUUUUGUUUUUGUUUUUAUUGUAAAUGGUACAGUUUUAUUGUACGGGUGCUAAA